AUGAAACUACUGUCAAGAUGCAACUUAAUUAAACAUGUCUCUUUUCUACACCGGCCCAAUAUUGUUAAACAUGAAUACGUUGUUGCGGUCAGAGAAUAUGUUACGGUCCUCUCUAGUUCGAGACGAAGGAUAAAACACUUACCAAUCACAUCUUUAUCAUAUUUCCAUUAUUCUGAUGAUAAGAAACCAUUUCUAACCUUUGAGAAAAAGACGGACGCACUGAAGGAUGCGUUUGAACACAAAAAGGUACAGUUUAAAGACACAGAGCACCGUAUUAGACAAAAAGGUGAGGAAUUAGUGAGGGACAUAAAGCAUCAAAGAGAAGUUACUGGCCAGAAACUAAGAGUGAAGAAAGAAUACAUCAUUAAAGACUUACUCGAAACCAAAGCAAAGGUUAAGGAAAGAUUUGAAGAAGUUGUAGAGAAAGAGAAUGUCCUCACAAUACCAAAUAUUUUAUGUUUUACAAGAAUAGCCCUCUCACCUUAUCUAGGAUACACAAUAAUCCAUGAUGACUACAAUGUUGCUCUUGGGUUGUUAGUUUUUGCUGGUGUCACUGAUCUGUUGGAUGGAUGGAUAGCCAGAAAUUGGAAGGGCCAAUCAACGAAAAUGGGCUCAUUCUUAGAUCCAAUGGCAGAUAAAGUUCUAGUUGGCACUCUAUUCAUAUCUCUGACCUACCAGAACUUGAUACCUCUGUCACUGACACUGCUCAUAGUCAGCAGAGAUGUUGCGUUGGUCACAGCUGCCUUUGUCAUCAGAUAUAUGAGUUUACCACCACCUAGAACACUAAGCCGGUACUUCGACGUGACUCACGCCACGGCGCAGCUCGCUCCUACAUUUAUCAGCAAAGUUAACACUGCUAUACAGCUUUUACUAGUGGGCACAACAUUAGCAUCUCCUGUGUUCGGCUUUGUGGACCACCCAGCACUACAAGCUCUGUGCGGAGUGACCGCAGCGUCAACUGUAGUGUCAGCCAUCAGUUACCUAGUUAGUAAGGACACAUACAAAUUUUUGAAGAAUAAGUCCUGA